GCCAUUCAUUGUUUUCGGAUAAGGUAACUAGCAAUAAGAUCAUUAACUAUUGCUUCGUGAAAAAGAACCCCAAAGAAACAAUGAAGACUCUACUCUCUUUAGCAACACCACAAUUUUACCUUCCAAAGCCUUCUUUAUGGGGUCCAAGAACCCCAACAAUUCUCCCUACAAUCAUCAAAAACCAGAACCAAAUCCAAUCCUCAUCAACGUGGGAACUGCAGGCCAAUGCCAAAGGCUUUGCCAGCACACCAACAGCUUCCGUGAAAAAAAAGGCUGCCAAUGAAGACUCCAACAACAACAAUAACAACGAUGACGAGCCAGUUCCCCAGGUAGUGUUUGAUAGGAUGAUAGCAAGAAUUUUGGUCUCUGUGGGAGUUCCUUUGGCCACGGGUCUCGCGUUACUGCACCUUUUCGGUAUCGCUAAAGAGCAAAAUUUGUGGGAUGUGCCACUAUGGCUGCCAUUCUUGACUACGUUCAUAACUUUUGGGGCAUCAACUCUUGGGAUAGCGUAUGGGACUUUGUCUGCGAGUUGGGACCCAGAGAGGAGGGGUUCUAUUCUGGGAUUGGAAGAAGCUCAACGCAAUUGGGUUGAGAUGUGGAAAGAGGAGAAUGAUGGGCAGUGGUGAAUGGUGAUUGCGGUUGAGCUCAGCCGUUUGGAUCCACCAGUAGGUUUGGGUCAACAUCGGACCGCUUUUUUUACCUCUAGUAGGAGUACUAAUUUCGGCUUUUUAAUGUACAGCCCAUGUCUCGGCUUCAAUCUCUUUUUUUUUGGGAAAAAAAAAGAAAAAAAAGAAACAGUUGAACUAGUACUGCAAUAUAUUGUUUUCAUUAUCCAACAAUAAAGAAAUACUU